ACGCAUUCUGAUUUCUGAGCCAUGGCUGUUUCACUAUGGAGAGCUCGCUUAGCUUCCUCUCUUCUCUCCAAUCUCACCAACUCUCUUCGCCGUUUCUCUUCCGACACAAAUGCUCAUAAUGCUCGAGAGAGCAUGAUGAAUCAGAUGAUGUAUUCCGAUAUAAAUUCUCGAAUUGGGAGUUGUAUGCCAUUAUCUUCUAUGCGAAUCGGAACUAUCAUUCACAAUAUUGAAUUGAACCCAGGGCAAGGUGGCAAGCUGGUUAGAGCUGCUGGAACUUGUGCAAAAAUCCUGAAAGAACCCACAUCAAAAUACUGUCUUAUCCAGCUCCCCUCGGGUGUUAAAAAAAUGAUUGAUUCUCGUUGCAGGGCCACCGUUGGUACUGUCUCAAAUCCAAGCCACGGAGAUAAGAAGCUUAGGAAGGCCGGACAAAGCCGGUGGCUUGGCCGGAGACCAGUUGUUCGAGGAGUGGCCAUGAAUCCAGUGGACCAUCCUCAUGGUGGAGGAGAGGGCAAGAGCAAGAGUAGUGGUCGGUGGGGAAAAGGAUCUCGAACUCCUUGGGGUAAGCCGACUAAGAGUGGAUUCAAGACCGGGCCCCUGAAACGUAGGAAGUAGUAUCUAAUAUUCACUAUAGAUGCUUUUCAUGCUUCAAAUGUUAGCUGCUUGUGAUAAUUGUUGUUAUGGGAAUUGUUGCUCCUGCCUAGGAGAAGUCUCUACUUGUAGUCCUGGAAUGAAUAGGUUAAGCCAAUUGACUAGUUUAUUAUCUCUUUUUACAUUAUUAGUAAUAUCUAAAAAUUGAUUCUUGAUUGUUAUUAAUAUGUUUGUAAAGACAUACAUUUUAAGUUUUAGCUUUUGAUUUU